AUGAAUUCUCAGGCAGGAUGCAGGCUUGCGAUCGCCAGCGCGCGACUGGUGAAAGCGUCACCGGCUUCGCCUCUGUCGAUACCCUGGUCGAAAUGCGGUCGAAGCUUCUCAGGUGCUGCUCGCCGACUGAAAGAGACGAACUUCGAAGGGACACCCGUGAAGCCCGAGGGAACGCCCGCGAAGAAGGGUGAGGCCGAGUUGAAGGGCUCUCUGCAUGGCACAACGUACGACCGGGUGAUUCGCGAACGAGCCAACGAGGCAAGAUAUGAAAAGAUGCAGCAGGAACUUGAGCAACGGUAUAAGAGACCUCACAACUCCUUCGCCGUCGGUCUAGCGCUUGUCUUCACUGCAGUGGUAGCAUACCGCUUUGGCUGCGCAGUCCCACAACCUCCUCCCACAACCUCGACGACAAAGCUCAAGGACGCAUUCCCGCCUCAGCUCGACACAAGAGGCACUACGCUGCAAGCAGCUUGGACCGACUUUGCGUUGAUCGUGGGAAAGGAAAAUGUUUCGUCGGCGAAGGAAGACUUGGACAGUCACGCCGGUUCAGAAUGGUCGUCGUACCAGCAUACGGAGAAAGAGAGACCUUUCAUGAUCGUCUAUCCUGGAUCGACAGAAGAGGUGUCUAGGGUCAUGAAGGUUUGUCACGACCGGAAGCUUCCAGUCACAGCUCUGUCCGGCGGCACGAGUCUCGAGGGUCAUUUUGCGCCGACACGAGGCGGCGUCUGUAUCGACUUGGCUCGUAUGGAUCAGAUCCUGCAAUUCCAUCCCGAAGAUCUCGACAUCAUCGUUCAGCCUGCACUUGGAUGGGAAGAUCUCAACGAGUAUCUUGCCGAGCACAACCUCUUCUUCCCGCCCGAUCCUGGCCCAGGAGCUAAGAUUGGAGGUAUGGUAGGCACGGGCUGCUCUGGCACGAAUGCGUACAGAUAUGGCACAAUGAGGGAAUGGGUCGUUAGCUUGACGGUCGUCAUGGCUGAUGGCACUGUCAUAAAGACCAGACGGCGGCCCAGGAAGUCAAGUGCUGGCUACAACCUCACACAGAUGUUCAUCGGCAGCGAGGGCACCCUCGGUAUUGUUACGGAAGCUAUUCUGAAGGUCACGCCGCUUCCACAGAGCUCCAGUGUCGCCGUUGCGACAUUUCCCACGAUUCAUGCAGCCGCGGACUGUGUCGCCAAGAUUGUGAAGGGCGGCAUUCAGCUUGCGGGAAUGGAGAUCUUGGACGAUGUACAAAUGAAGUGUAUCAACAAGUCUGGCACGACGGAUCGGAAAUGGUCUGAGGUGCCAUCGCUUUUCUUCAAGUUUGCGGGGAGUCCGGAGGGAGUCAAAGAACAAAUUGCGAUAGUGAAGAAACUGGCAAAAGCAAGCAAGAACAAGGACUUCGAAUUCGCGCGGAACAACGACGAGGCCGCCGAAUUGUGGUCGGCUCGCAAGGAAGCUCUGUGGAGUGUUAUGGCUCUCCGCAAUGAGGGCGAUCAUGUUUGGACGACCGACGUUGCUGUACCUAUCAGCAGUCUUGCUGACAUCGUCAAGGAGACUCGCGACGACAUUGAGAAGAGCGGUCUGACGGCUGGUAUCGUAGGCCAUGUCGGCGAUGGGAAUUUCCACAGCAUCAUCUUGUACAAUGACCAGAACAAGGACGUCGCGGAGAAUGUGGUUCACCGUAUGAUCAAGAAAGCGAUCGACAUGGAUGGGACUGUGACUGGAGAGCAUGGUGUUGGUCUGAAGAAGAGAGAGUAUCUGAAGGAGGAGCUGAGCGAGGAUACUGUUGAUGCUAUGAGGAAGUUGAAGCUGGCGUUUGAUCCUCUGGGCAUUCUCAACGUGGACAAAAUUGUGCAGCUCGAAAAGGGGCAUUGA